AUGAUCGUCGCCGACGCGGAGAGCUGCGCCGGAAUCCAGAGCUAUAUCCCCUACGCCCAGUGCGGCGGCGCCGGAGCAGCGGAGGAGCAGAAGGUGGCCCCCGCUCGGAGGCUCCCCAGGGGCCCUAGUGCCUUCAUCCCAGUGGCAGAGAUUCUACAGCAGGGACCAGAGGCCAUUGAAGAGCAGCAGCUAAGUCUGGAGUUUUCAGCCCCUGGACGGCCAGACAAUGUCAUGCUGGUGAUGAGCCUGCACCCUGACUACCUCAGCAGCUUUUGGAAGAUGCAGGGCCUGCUUCUUCGAGUGGAUGGACCCCUGCCUUGCCCCUGGAGGCACUACAUUGCAAUCAUGGCCUCUGCUAGGCACCAGUGCUCCUACCUGAUUAGCUUCCACAUGGCAGAGUUCUUGCAAGUGGGUGGAGACCCUGAGUGGCUCCUUGGUAUCCACCGGGUCCCCCAGAAACUCCGAAACCUUAAUGAGAUCAACAAGCUGCUGGCCCAUCGGCCCUGGCUCGUCACCAAGGAGCACAUUGAGGCCCUUCUGACUACUGGCGAACACAGUUGGUCCCUGGCGGAGCUCAUCCAAGCAGUAGUCUUGCUCACCCAUUAUCACUCCCUGGCAUCUUUUGUUUUUGGCUGUGGCAUCCUCCCAGAAGGAGAUCCAGAGGGCAACCCUAGCCUCCAGGUGCCCUCACCACCCAGUGGGCAGAGCAGUCCUCCCAAUGGAGACCCUCUUGGUAGUUCUGGGGGCUUUGAUGCUGUUCGGGAAGUAGAGGCCUUGAUGGAGCGAAUGAAGGUCUUGCAGGAAUGCCAACUACAGGAAGAAGUGGCAUCCCAAGAGGAGAUGGAGAAUCGAUUUGAACUGGAGAAGUCUGAGAGCCUGCUGGUGGCCCCCACAAGUGACAUCCUAGAACUUACUCCAUCCCCCGAUGUCCUCUGCUUUGUGGAAGAUCCUACCUUUGGGUAUGAGGACUUCACUCGGCGAGGCACCCAGGCCCCUCCAACUUUUCGAGCUCAGGACUAUACCUGGGAAGACCAUGGCUACUCCCUGAUCCAACGCCUCUACCCAGAGGGGGGACAGCUGCUGGAUGAGAAAUUCCAGGUGGUGUACACCCUGACCUACAAUACUAUCGCCAUGCACAGCGGCGUGGACACCUCUAUGCUACGCAGGGCCAUCUGGAACUACAUCCAUUGUGUCUUUGGCAUUAGGUACGAUGACUAUGAUUAUGGGGAGGUGAACCAGCUGUUGGAACGGAGCCUCAAGGUCUACAUCAAAACCGUAGCCUGUUACCCAGAGAAGACAACCAAGAGGAUGUACAACCAUUUCUGGAGGCACUUCCGGCAUUCUGAGAAGGUCCAUGUGAAUCUGCUGCUGCUCGAGGCCCGGAUGCAAGCAGCCCUCCUCUAUGCCCUCCGCGCCAUUACUCGCUACAUGACCUGAUGGUGGGCACCAUGGCCCUCCCAGCUCCAGACUGGACACUAUUUUUGCUCGGAGGGUCAGCUUCCUUUCCAUUAGGAUCCCUGACGUACAGACCAUUGAUCUCUGCCCAUAUCACAUUCCCUCUCUAUCCCGCUGGCUGCAAGUUGGUCUUGUCUGUGAAACCCUGCAAUCAAGUGCCUCUGGGCCUCCGCUCUUCUCUGUCCUUUCCCCCCUCCCCACCGGAUCCAAAAGGACCUCUCCCUCUGCUUUGGGCCCCUAGCCCAGCUGCUGGGACUUGGAGAGGUUGGCAGGACUUCACCUUGGAAACACAACCUCUUCCAUCACCAAGAGCAAGAGGAAGAACUCAAUUCCAGGAGGCCUGUUCUAAGCCUUGGCUUCCAAAGAAAGAGCCCCACUCCCCUCAGCCCUGCCUCUCUUACAUGGCCCAGGAUGGUGUAUACUGGUGUCUUUGGACCAGCGCUCCUGGAUGAAGAAGAAACACCAUGGCCUGGGAUAGCCCCUGCACUAAACUGGUCUGACACUCCGAGGGGUUGAGGGGUCGGGGCACUGCCAAGGCCCCUGCCCCACAAGCCUAUUCUUCUAGCCCCGGUACCCUGUGGUGCCUGAGCAGGCAGAGGAGUUUUCUGUGGGUCCCUGGAUCUGGUUUCAUGAUUCUUCUCCCCGCCAACCUUGUUCCCUUCCGCCACUGCUGGCGGUGGGAAUCUCCGGAAGAGAUCAAGGCAGGAGAGGGAUAGGAAAAAGAUUAAUGGGGAAAUAGAUAUUUUUUUCUUUUUAAGCCACAUCAUUUUUUCAAGAAGAGGGAGUAAGAAAGUGAUCCUUUCUUUCCAUAACUGGACUAUGACAGUCCAUGUUCGUUCUGCCCAGAGCAGCCGGGCUCUGCCAAAACUAGCACCUUGACCUCCCUGCUGCCACCCCCUUCACUUCCUGCCCCUGUCGUGUUUACUAAAAGGUUGGGUUUUUGGAAUAAUGUUGACAGCCUGGACUGGGGGUCAGGAAAUCUGAGUUCCUGUCCCAGCUUUGCCACAGGCUGCACCAUACCUUCAAGCUAGCCCAUGACCUUUUUUCUCUUCUACAAAAUGGGAGUCCUUCUGGUUCCCAAAUUUAUAAUCAACCUAUCCAGCCUCCAAAUAGGAGGAAACCUAGAGGUCCUUAGGACCCUAAAUUUUCCCUUCCUUAGUCAAGGAGGAAGAGAAUCUGUCUCCCCUUGAACCUUACCCCCCACCCCACUCCACAUCCUUGUGCCCCUGGGUCCAAGAACUCCCAGAAGGGCCAGAGCCAUUCUACAUUGCACUUUCUCUGAUAUGAAAACUGUGAAUUCUUUUUGCCAUCUUUCCCUAAUCCUUGUGCUCUGUCUUAUUCCUGGCCAAUUGGGAGGUGUCAUAAGUUGCCAUUCUUCAUAAAUGAAAGCUGCUGUUUCUGCCCACUCCCUCUGUGUCCCUCCCCCAACCUAUCAGCAAGAACCCCACCCCCCAUCCAUGCUGAGGGUCUGGCUAGGAGAAUGAGACGAGCUGGGGACACUGGGGAAAUGUGGGCCAGAUGUACCGUUCAUCAUGCAGGUCAUGGUGAAAUGAAUGGGUUUUGUGUUGAGGCUGGGCUGGGCUGGAAACCACAUGGCACCCAAGCCAGGACCCCAAAGAUGUGUAUUGUCCCUAUGAAUUUCACAAAGGGAAAAAGAUGGGGAGGAAAACAGUGUUUCAAUGCAGAAAUGUUUGUUACUUUGCUACAUACUCCAUAUUGACAAAUAAAAGAUUCACUGAG